AUGCCAGCUAACUCGUCUGUCAACUACUACGUUGUGCUGGGCGUGGCUCGUGAUGCAUCCAAACAGGAAAUCAAUGCCGCUUUUAAAAAGCUUGCACUGAAGCUUCACCCUGACAAAUGUGGUAAUAAUGAGGAAUUAAUUGAGCAGUUUCGCAAUGCUUCAGAGGCAGUAGAUGUGCUCCGUGACGAAGGCCGCCGUCGAAAGCAUGACGAGCUUCUGGAUAGACCAUUUGGAAACGACCCACGUCUUCAGAAACUUUACGACUUAUUCGGAGCCAGGCCGAGCCGUAGGUGGCCUACUCCCCAGGAUAAUGAGUACUGGACAUGCCGUCGAAAUGAGACCAACCGGACUGGAAAACCUCGCGAGAAGCAAGGUGGAAUGAGCUAUGAUCUAGAGUCGAACUACGCUCAUCAUGCUUCGGACAUCCUGAAGCCAGCAUUCUCCAAGCGACCUAUCGUGCCUCUGCGGUUCAAAGAGUCAAACUUUGAGGUGCCGGAUAUUGUGGUUCCAAAGAUCGAAGUGACAAAUGUCGAGCCUCCAGAUGCUGAACCUCCAUUGCAGCCUGCCGACAUAGACCGGUGGGCCGGCGAAUGUGCUGGAACCAAUCCCGAGGCGCAGAAAGAAGUCUUUGAGAGAUGUAUGAUGGGAAUGGAAGCUCGUGUUGUGGGCGAUGAAGCAGCAGAGAUGGAGAAUGAGGAAUAUGGCCUGAAAGAUGCCUUGUCGACCGGGCUCGAGGGGUUUGACCACGGUGAUCCAGUCUCCGAUAUCGACGAGGUUAAGAAGCACAAAAGCGAUGCGGCCUUUCCCCAUGGCUCUGACUGCAAGUGUCACAUUCACUCCUGUUCUUCGCCUACAUACGAUGACAACUUCGUGGACGGAGAAGUCCGCCUGUCCGAUAAAUGCCAUGUUCCCUCCUGGUCUACCCCCUCAUACGAUGGAAUUUCUGAGGAUGGAGGGCUGCACCUGUCUGAUGACAAGAUCCGGUCUUCUAAUGACGACACAAUUUAUUCUAAAUUCACCGAGUCUCCGCAGUCUGCUCAACAAGAUGACUCGGCCAGCCUGACGGACGAGGACUCUGAUGACGGAGUUCUACUGCCCCAUGAACGCUCUGGUGUCUACAAUACAAUUCACCCUUUCAUUCCAUUCUUCCAGGCCAAAUUGAAGGAUCCAAGCGGUUCCUAUACAUUUGAUGAUCUCCACAAAGAGAUCAAGGGUCUUGUCUUGGAGGCCUAUGCUAGAUGGCUCGGGAAUCAGCGUUCCUCAUGCCCGAAAGAUACACCAACGACUACCCCGAACGAUACGGAGAAGUGCUACCACCUCGGUCUGUGGGUGAAGCAUCUUGAUCAUGCCGAGUGUAAGAUUUGCCGUCUCUGGAGACCCCUCUACGUCCUAACCUGCUCGGGCUGUGGUGCAAUGGCAUGUGUUGGGUGUAAAUUCCAGAAUGCUGCAUAG